CCGGUAAAUAACAAAACGCUUAGCAUCUUCUCGAUUACAUCACCCGGCUAGCUUGAUCCAAGAACAGCACUAGCGGAACCGUUUUACAUAAAUGCACACCGCUCAAAGUGGAGCAGGAACGCUUGGCAACUCCUUCGAGUUGGUUUAUGCCUCGGAAUCGGAUCAAAUGUGACCUACAUGCAUGGCCCAGGUUAAAUGUCAUUCCUAUGCCUAUUCCAACCCCACAUAACCCCACAUAAUUUGUAUCGUCACGACUCCACUGAGCACUAUAAUGACCGCACGACGAAUUCAUACAACUGGAGAAUUGGCAGUUCGAGCCAGCAGCAUUCAACUACCAGCUCGUUCCCAAACAGAAACGUCCGGUGCGCUCAAGCGACUGGGGCUUGGCGGACACUUAGACAUAGAGGAAGACGAGCGCGAGUUUGAUGUCAUUUUUCCUCCCAGAAAACGCACGCAGAAGGAGCAAGAUAAAGAAGACGAAGACGCUCGUAGGCGGGCAAUGAGAAACCUCGUGAACUCGUGGCAGGAGCGACUGCAGCUCAUCAGUGUAAUUACGACAUUCUUUGCAUCCAUAGAAGCAGGGAUGUUAGUACCAGUGAACACUGACCCGAAUGCAGUCCACGCCUUGCCAGGUCUCCUCAAAGCUGCGAAUGCAGGAUUUUUGGGUGCAUUGAUCAUGCACGUUUACGCAGCUGUCCUGUCAUUCCUUGCAGCCUUCCUUUUGAUCCGAUAUAAACUGAAAGAAGCCUCAAAUGAGGAGUUAUUCGCAGAAGGCAGAGCCAAGGGAUUUCAGAUUACGGCAUCUCCAGUGAAUGGUGCAUUCCACGUCGAAGACGUCGAGAGAGACGCCCAAAAUAAUGAGACCGGGAAAUUCGACCCGGAGAACCCGCCACAGAAAGGCAUGCCAGAGAACACAGACACCAAAUACGACCCCCGAGCGCUGCCGCGGAUGGGAUCAACACCUGCGGAACCUCCUAUAUUUGCCAGGGACCCACAUCUGGAGCAGGUUGGCUUUUGGAAUCUUACGAUUUCAUCGCAUCUGCUGAGCCGUGUGCACACCCUGUGCAUUCUCUUCGCUGGGAUUGGGUUUGUACUCGCAAUCAUGGGUAUCCUGACUUAUGCGUGGGCGCUGCAACCAAAGGAGGUCAGCAUUUUUGUGACUGUGAGCUUCGGGGCCGCUGUCCUUGCGAUGGGGGUACUUUUGCUACCUGAUCCGAGUCCCUAAGAGUCAAGCUCAUCACUGUUCAUUUCAUUUCUUGAACUCUGCUUCCCUGAGAAAUUUAUACUUCUGCAUUUGUCAUACCCAUAAUCCUCAUACUUAGUCUUCUAGUUGCACAUGUACAUGCUACCAACUUCAAAUAUCUUGCAAUAAGGUUUUUUCAAGAAAC